GUCUUCCUCUCUGGCAUUCGCAAAAAGAAGCUUCUUUAACGCGCUUCUCCUCCUCCACCGAAACCCUAGCCUUCUUCUUCCUUCUCUGCCCAAAUUCCAUCCCUCUCUCUCUGUCUCUCUAACCAAACAUGUCAGAUCCAUUAAGCAUGUCCCUCGACGAUAUCAUCAAGACCAAUAAGAAGACCGGAUCCGGCAACCCUAGAGGCAGAGGCCGACUCUCCGGCGGUCCUGGCCCCGCCCGCCGCGUCCCUAACCGCGCCCCCAAUCGCGCGGCACCGUACGCGGCGGCCCCCAAGGCACCGGAGACGACAUGGCAGCACGAUAUGUAUAUGGAUCAAGGGACUGCUUUCGCGGCUCAGGCUGGUCGAGCUUCCGCCAUUCAAACCGGGACGAAGCUCUACAUAUCGAACUUGGAGUACGGCGUUUCAAACGAGGACAUCAAGGAGCUGUUUUCCGAAGUCGGUGACCUGAAACGCUACGCGAUCCAUUACGAUCGAAGCGGAAGAUCGAAGGGAACGGCGGAAGUAGUUUUCUCGCGACGAGCGGAUGCGGUUGCGGCGGUCAAAAGAUACAACAACGUUCAGCUCGAUGGCAAACCCAUGAAGAUUGAGAUUGUCGGAACUAACGUUGCCACCCCUGCUGCGCCUCCUCCGCCCGCUAAUGGAUCUUUUGGAAAUUCAAAUGGAUUGCCGAGAGGUGGACAAGGUAGGGGUGGUGGUGCUUUUGGACGGCCACGUGGUGGCGGUGGUGGGGGCCGUGGUCCUAGGAGGGGCCGCGGACGAGGCCAAGGCCGUGGUACUGGGGAAAAGAUAUCUGCUGAUGAUCUUGAUGCCGAUUUGGAGAAGUAUCACGCAGAAGCCAUGCAAGAAAACUGAAAGCAGCUCGUGUUUAUUGAUUGCUAUAAUUUCUUUUGUGGCCGUUUAAGUACUCAAUGGUUUGAGAAUCCCUUCUAUUUUGUGUACUUCUACCAAAAUCCAACUUCUAGAGAAAAACAUAGAAAUUACAGUAGAAACAACUGUUAGAAUCUUGCUUUAUGGAGUUUGGGCAUUUAUUGUUGAUUAUUCCUUUAACUUGGGUAUGAAAUGUGGGUUACUGGACUGCUGUCAGUAUGUAAUCUGCUCCAGCACCUUUUGGUUUUCUUUCAUCGUCUUUUGUUUCAUUCAACAAGUUGGGGUGAGGAAGCGGGGGCCUUAAUUCUCUGUUUGUCCAUGUACAUUGAAAGCAUUGGCUGCAAGGUGUGAAAGGAUUGAGCCUUAAAGAAAUCCCACACUGCUGCUAUGUCUUAUGCGGUUGCGACUGCUCAAAAACACUGGGGGACUUCAUAGAGGUAGAUUUCUUUGUUUCCCUUUGUUUAUUCGUAUUCUGUUAAGUUUUGUCCCUUGUGUUCUUGAUGCA